AUGGUCGGAAAAAGGAAGAGAGACGCGGCUGUCGUCUCUAGGGCUACCAAGUUGAAAGACGAGGAGACCCCGCAACCCGCGCCCGAUGCGUCUGCCAAUGACAUCUUUCGCAAAUUCUUCGAAGCACAGUUUCAACCGCUGGAGGUACCUGGGGGCCAGGUAGCUCGUGACGAUGAAUCCGAGGAAGAGAGCGAGGAAGAGGACUUUGAAGGAUCCGAGUCUGGCUCUGAUUGGAGUGGUCUUUCCGGAGAGGAAGACGAGGUCCAGGUCGAGGUAGUUGAGCAUCACGACGCCAAGAGUCAAGACCUGAUGGAUAAGAGAGCGCGCAAAGCGUUCAUGACCUCAAAACCACCCUCUUCCGAAGAACCAAAACCCGCCAAGAAGGCUAAAAAGGAGAAAGGUGAUGACGAGGAGGAUGCCACCGACGCCGAUAACCUCAAGAAUGACCUGGCCUUGCAACGGCUGCUCAAGGAGUCGCAUCUGUUGGAGUCAGCAUCCGAUCUUGCACCAACCGGCAAAAACCGAAUCAAGGCUCUUGAUCUGAGAAUGCAAGAGAUCGGCGCCAAGUCGUCCCUGUAUAAGCAGAGCAUGCCAUCGUCGCACAGGAGAGGCAUUAAAGCUAAGGCGGACAUGAAGGAGGACAGACGUCGACGCGAAGCCAGAGAGAAUGGUAUCAUCCUCGAGAAACCCGCGCCCAAGUCGAACACCAAUAACAACAAGCGACGAGAACGUGGGAUUGGGGGUUCCUCUAUUGGAAAAUUUGCGGGUGGCUCCCUGAACCUGAGCAAACGCGACGUGGCCGCCAUCCAGGGACCACGCCGGUCGACCAAGGGAAAGUCCAAAGGGCGU